AUGUCAACAAAGACUAAGGAGAGUAAAGACUGCAGCAAGGAGAAGGACCUAUGUGCACGUGCAAAUUGUGUAACAAUUAAUUGGUUUAGGGACAGAUUAACUAAUGGGGGGAACGGAAGACAAAACUGGUGUCAAUUUUGGGAUACGGACUUCAAGAAGAGAUUGGAAGAACUGUCUUCUGAUAUGAAAAAGGGAGGCGCAAAGAACGACGGACCAUGUGAGAACUUCACAAAAGCAAAUGGUAAUACAGCAACAGAAUCAGAACAAAAGGCCUGUGAGUAUAUUACGUCAGGUUUAAAACAUAUAUACGGCAUUAAGGAGUAUCAGGGUAAUAGUAACGCAGUGGAAAGGAAAAAUAACAGACUAUUUGAGCAAACUAUGAAAUGUCUUUUACUGAAUGCUUAUGCAGAUAUGCUCAUAAAGGAAACGGAGGGGAGAACAUGUCCUAUUAUAGAAGAAAACAUAAAACAUAUAUUUAAUAAAGGAAAUAAGAAGAAGGAUACUUGGUGUGUGGAUAAAAAAAAGGGUGAUUGUGUUAUGUGUGAAAGGGAAGAAAAUCCAAGUUGCACAUUAAGCGUGAAGAGUAAUCUAUGGAUUAAACACAAAAGAAAUGGAAAAGACUGUGAAACAAACAAAGAAAAUGUAAAGAAAAAAGUGGAAGUGUUGUUCAAUGGGAAUGAAGAAAUAAAACAAACUCUAGAGAAAAUAUGUCCGGAACAUAAAGAACCGAAGGCUGCGGAGAAGGAAGAAGAAGGAUCCAGUCCAGCUCCUGCAGAUGGUCCUCAAGAACCUGCAGGUGCUGCUCUUGGUGGAGGUGGUAGUGGUGGGUCAAUUUCAGUAACACCCAAGGCUCUUCCACUUACUGACAAGAAAGGAAUCGAUCCCUUCCUUCCUUACUUCCCUCUUGCUCCUGCCGUGCUUGGUAUUUCUGCUAUGAGUUAUUUACUGUGGAAGUACUUUGGAAUGCUACGGAAGACAAGAAAACGCUACAGAAGAGCUUAUCAAGUACUUGGUCCAUCCUUACAAGAACAACUCCUUGCUCAUGUGGACCAGAGUGGUCCACAUGAAUAUACCUUAGUAAAGGAACGAAGACCUCGUUCAACGCCUAUAAAAAGGAAGAAAAAACGAGGUGUUCGUCGUCGUGGUGUACGUCGCCGAAUGAUUAUUGAUAUUCAUUUAGAAGUCUUAGACGAACGUCAAAAAGGGGAUCUGCAUUCGAAGAAAGAAGACUUUUUUGAAAUUUUGGUUCGAGAAUUUAUGGGAAGCAAAUUUAUGAAGGAAGAUUUUGUUCCUAAGGAACAGGUUCCAAGUUUAGAUUCCGGGUUUAGGGAAAGAAGACUCUGUUCCUAA